UCUAGCCACCUGUGUCUGGAAGCUUCUCUCUGUGUGGUGAGGCAGCCAUUAAUUUUUCACUGAGAAAAUGCCUAGGUGGAAUGUGGAAAAGCUCAUCACCCUGGUCCAGGAGAGGCCUGAAAUAUGGGAUACCCGCAGCAAUCUCUAUCUGGAUCGGACCAGAAAGGAUGCUGCGUGGGAGCAGGUGGCCCGUAGCCUCCGAAAGAACGAUUGGGCCAAAGCUGAUAGCAGAGGCCGUGCUGACUUAGUGAAACAAACCAAAACUCGCUGGGCCAGUUGCCGGGACCAAUUUCGGCGAGAGGUCUCCAGCAAGGGCCGUAGUGGAGAGGGUCCCUCCCGGAAGAGGCCAUACAUAUAUACUGCCCAGUUGCAGUUUCUCAGACCCGUAAUGGACUUGAGGCCUACUGUGGACAGUCUGGAACCCUCUGGGGAGUCGUCUUCUGAUGGAAGUGAAACCCCAGCUGUUUUUUCCCCUGCAAUUAGUCCGGAACCGACGCCAGCAGAGGAGCCGGAGGAGUCGUCACAGGGCCAGCACCAACAACAGCCCAGUCCAGCCUGUGUCAGGCAGCCGCACCGAAGACGCCCCCGCCAAGUCCCUCCCUCCACCUCUGUGCCAGAGAGUCGGGAGGUUAUUGACGCACGCGUCAUUGAUUUUCUGGCACAGAGGCGGAGUGACGGAGUGGAGGAGAAGAUGCUUCGCGGAUUGGCGCCCCUUCUGAAAAAAGUGCCGGAACCUGAUCACAAUGCAUGCGUGGCUUCUAUUGCGGUGGUCAUGAAGAUGUUCGCCAUCCCAAAUCAUGGGGACAUACUGGGCCGUUUGAACAACUGGAUGGUGGAUCUUGAAAAUGAGGGGCAACCCCAAGUGGCCGGCCAAUUUGGACGGGAAAGGCAACCAACUCAGGCGCCUUCUUUUGCCCCACACCCCCAGUACGGGCCACCCCAUGGCCAUAUGCAAGGGACAUCACAGGCCAUUUUCCAGGGCAGUUUGCCCACUGUCCCACAACAGCAGGCUCAAGGAAGGCCACGGUCCUCCUUUCCGGCAGGGUCUUUCACUCAGGACCUCUUUGAGUUAUGAUUUUCUUUUUUGGGGGGUGGUUUUUCUGUUUCAAUUUGGUUGGUUGUGUUUAUUUGCC